CAUUACGAUUAAUGCCGAAAUGUAAACAACUUUGGAUAGAAGUAGGUGAAUUAAAACGAUCUUAUUUAAAUAUUAGUCUAAUCAAUAUUAUUUGUUAUAGUAUUUCAAACUUGAAUUAUUAUAUGUUGAAUUGAUAGAAAAACGACGGGCAGUUCUGGAUGGAAAUCGUAAAGAUAAAACAGACGAUGAAAAUUCUGAUGCUAUUUUAGAAGGAAAAAUAAUAGAAGUUGUCUUAAAUAAUGCGCAAGAGAGUAUUCCCGAUGAUCCCGAAUUUCUCUGUUCAUUUGCCAGUAUUCUAUAUGAAUUUCGUCAGUUUAGUUUUGUUGAAGAGAUUGUUAAUAAAAUUUAUCGCAUUUUAGAAGAAAAAUAUUCAUCCGAUGUUCUAUCUCAAAAUUUAUUAGCUCAACGACCUUUACUAAAAGAAAAACAAAUGAUCGAAGAAGCAAGUAAAAAAGGACAAGAUAUCAGUUUUAUGAUUGCUGUUCUUGAACGUCAAGUUCAUGAAAAUUAUGAAAAUUUUCUCUCAACAUCGAACAAUGGUAAUAUAGAACAUAUUCAUUUCUCAUAUCGUUUGUCAGUCUAUUAUCAAACAUUAACAAAAGCCGAACAAAAAUUUUUGUUACCUUCUGACCGAUAUUUACAAUGGGUGAUGCUAUUAGAAGAAAAUAAUUUAGUAGAAAAGGCAAAUGAAGUUAUUCGUCGAGCAACCAAUGACAAACAUAAAGAUAAUGUUUUAUUAUGGAAUGAACGUCUACGUUUACUACUGAUUAAAACUGAAACGAUACCAGUCAAUCUAGCAAUUGUAAAAGAAGAAUUUUUGUUAUCAAUGAAACAUUUAAAGAAUAAAAAUUCUAGUAUUAUUUGGGAUACUGUAUUAGACUAUGCCAAAGCUCAUAGCAAAGAAUGGACCGAAGAGUUAUAUCAGUUAUCACAAUCAGGUUCAAUGGAUUUGUCUAUUUCAUUGCAUACAAAAUCGAGUUAUUUGCAAUGGAUCAAUCAAACAAAAUCAAUAAAACAUGUUCGAAAAUUGUUUGAUAAAUUAUCUACUCAAAUGCCAGCAUCGUUACAAUUUUAUCUUGAUUACAUUGAAAUUGAACAGUCACAAAAAAUGCCAAUUCAAAAAGAUCGUUUAAGCAAUGCCUUUGAACAAGCAAUCAUCUAUUUUGGAAAAACGUCAGCUGAUUUAUGGUUGCGUUAUAUUGAAUAUUUGAAACGUCAUCAAACUCUCGAUUUUUUAUCAAUAUCACGUGUUUACAAUCGCGCACUUCACACCCUGGAAUCGAAUGAAUUUACACAUUUCAAAAAUCAUUCGACGGUUUCAAAUUUGACUGCAGAUAAUCAAGACCUAUAA